AUGCCAGAGCUACAUUAUUCGCACACUGUUUCCUGCAGUAUUUGGACAUCCUGCAGUUCUGCUGCAAAAGGAGAAUGUGAGAAUUGGGCCUUGGUUACUGUGCUUGUGGGAAAUGUUUGCUGGGCUGUCGUCUUAAGCAAGGAGCACGGCCAGUCCUUCCAAAGGGCAACCGAGAGCUGUACCCUGGGCAAUGAGCGGCAGGGGUGGGCAAAUGGAAAAGGCUUUGGCAACCCUGUCUCGCUCAAAGUGGUUCAGAGGAGCACCUUCCUUACUGGAUUCCGGGCAACCACAGAUUGCCCCUCACCUUGA